UAUUUCCUGUCCUUAGUGUCACUACUCCUCCUGUAGAUGUAAACAAAGUACUUGGCUGGCUUUAUAUGUGCAGACACGUUUAUUUUUCUGUUUUAACAUCGCCACACUAAAAAUGAAGAAGUUUUUCGAAGACAUAAAGAAGGAUGUCAAAUUUAAAACAGCAGGACCAGGAAAGAAACUCACUGAUGACACCAGCAGUAAGGCUCCAGUUGGGCAGACAGUCAAGCAGGCUAAACCUCGUGCUGCCCCUAAUGAGAGUGCACAGAGAGCCGGAGCUGCUGCUCUGGCCAGGAUCGAGCAGCAGCACAAACCUGGACCACACACAUCACAGGAUACCAUCAGAAACCAGGUGAAGAGGGAGCUUGAGGCAGAGGCUGCAGCCACAGCAGUGGAACAAAAAAGCACAGACAUAGAGGGUUCUCGUGUUUCAGAGAAUGAGGCUGCAUGUUUUUCUGUGUCUGGAGUGUACUUCAUCAGCCCUCUGACUGGGGAAACGUUAAAGAAGAGCGAGAGAGAGACACACAUCAAGGAGGCCAUUCUUCUGAAAUUCUCUGAAAAUCCAGUGGAGGCUUCUGUUAUGAUGGUUCACACCUUUAACAAAGACAGAGAGAAAGUGAAGGGUGCCGUCGACAUCAUCAGCAAGUACAUCGAAAAUAUCUGUAAGAAUCCAACAGAAGAGAAGUACAGGAAGAUUAAAGUCAGCAACAAAGUGUUCCAGGAGAAGGUGAGUGUGAUCGAGGGGAGUAGGGAGUUCUUGCAGGCUCUGGGGUUUGAGAGCACUAUGCUACCAGUGGACGGGCAAGAGAACACAGAAGAGUUCUUGGUGUUGGCUGAGCAGGAUGCUGCAGCUCUGGAACAGUUGAAGGUAAAGAAGGAGCAGCUGCAGAACGGAGAACCCAUCCGGGCCAAGCUGGACCGCCAGGCCAAAGCUUUCAGGCCCUCACAGCAUGCAACGCACUUUGAGCUGCCACCAGACUUUUAUAACCUGACUGCUGAGGAGCUGAAACGAGAGCAGCAGCUUAAAAGCGAUUUAAUCGAAAGGAAUUCCAUGUUGCGAACAAAAGCCAUGCGGGAAAAAGAUGAGCAAAGGGAGAGAAAGAAGUAUAACUAUGCCCUAAUAAGAGUUCGGUUACCGGAUGGAAACAUACUACAGGGCACUUUCUGGGCAUGGGACAAGGUAGCAGUGUUGUACCAAUUUGUGCGGGACUCCCUGGAGGACGGCUGGCAGCCAUUUGAGCUUGUUGCACCAGGAAGCCAAAAACUAAAGGAUGAUGAGGAAUUGGCACUAAAUGAAUGCAACCUUGUCCCUGCAGCUCUGUUGACCUUCUCCUGGGACUCUGCAGUCCAAGAAGACAUUGCUGCGGCUGGAGGACAGAGCAGCUCUCUGCUGAAGCCAGAACUGCUAAAGAAUUUGCACACCUUGAGCUGAACAACUGCUGCCCCACAGUCCUCUUGCUCACCCUGCCUGGGCCUCCUGUAAUCACUCUGCUGUUAUUGUGGUUGUUUUUUCCUGAUGAAGUGCACACCACCCUGUGUUCAGCGAUCAGGAUGGUGAUAGUGUUAAAGGAUAGGAAACAUUCACAAGAUUUAGUCAGUACUGCAACAGCUUGACUCAUUUGGUCAGGGGCACUAACACAACACAACGUUCAUCUUUUCCUAUUGACAAGAUUGCUUGAGAAGGAUUUAUGUUCAACAGUGUGUUCAAUGUUUCGUAUUGUAAAGAAUGAAAAUUUCUAUUGCACUGUGAUGCUGUCCAUAUUAAACUGUAGCUGUCCAUUGCAACUUAUCUUUUACAAGAGAUUACAUUUACUCUCCACUUUUUUAGAAACAUGAACUACAAAUUUAUGCAGCAUUUCAACAUACCCAAAACAUCAAAGCUUGAGGUGGAUGGGCUAUAACUGCAGAGGACCACAUUGGUUUCCACUCCUGCAAGCCAAGAACAAGAAUCCGAGGCCAUUGUUGUAAUAGGCUAAUCAGAACUUGGAGCGGGGGAAAAAAAAGAAUAGCCUUUUUGAGUCAGCUGUCCAGUUUGGGUGAGUCUGUACCCAUUUUAGAUAGGCGUGAGAAUCCCUAGGGAUCAACAGUUUCUAAAAUACCCAAACCAGCCUACUGGGGUACCAACAACCAUGCCACGGUUAAAGUCACAGAAAUAUUUUUUUCUUUCUGAUGUUUGAAGAGAGCAUUGAUUGAAGCACUGUACCUGCAUGAUUGUGUGCUGCUGCCACAUAAUUGGUAGAUUAGAUAACUGCCUGAAUGUAAUAGUUGAUCCUAUUAAAGUGGAUGGUGAAUGUAUAUCAAUUACUAUUUGUAAUAAAUUAUUCACAUGAAACAGA